CAAAGGACAAGGGGAAACGUGCCCGGAGCCUGGAAGAGUCUCGACGGUUUAAAGGCAACAGCCGUUGUCGCCGUGGUGGGAUUUGACCGUGAUACCGUUGCUUGGACAUUCUGGUGUUGAUUCCUACUCCUCCCUUCCGCUAGUGGCAGCGGUCAGCGCUUCCCAUUUUGCGCCUACUUCACCUGCUGCUGCCUUUGUUGGGUCCGUUCACGUCACGUCCCUACACCGUUUAGUCGACGGACGGGACAGCCCUGGAGGGCUUGACCCAGCACUCGCCUUCCUGUCAACCCUGGCGGGGGUCGCCCUCGGACACCUCUUCCGAAGGCCGAGUGAGCACUCACGUGCGGACGGAGCUGAGGAGCCCCAGCCGCCAGGCCCGUGUCCAGGGGCGCGCACUCAUCCCGCCACCGGGUGCGGCUCAGCCUGCUCGGCGCCCUGGAGCGCGGGCUUGGGUGCAACCCACCUUGAUGUGACCUCCGCGCGGCCGUGUAAACCUGAGCGAGAGAGCCACCGAGGAGCCGUCCGAAGCCCUUCGUGCGGGCGGCUGACAUGCAGAAAACCUGCGGGACUGAAGGCUCGGUGCGGGUAGCACACGCCACACGCCUCUACGGGGGAUGUAGAAGACAGAUUCUGGCCGGGUGACAGAUGCCAGUCGGCGCAAAAAGUUUCCCUGACCGGGAAUCGAACCCGGGCCGCGGCGGUGAAAGCGCCGAAUCCUAGCCACUAGACCACCAGGGAGCCGCGAGGCGACAUCCUCGCUCCUUCCUUCCCCGCGGAGUGACAUUUCCCAGCGCUCUGGCAAGCUCUGGGUCUUGGGUGAGGUUGGGUGGCGCCCGUCGUGCAGGAGUCCUUUCCUAAGACCAAGUUCUCUCCCUGCCUUCUCCACCGAAGGAGCCCGCAGACAACCCACCGAGCGCCCCGAGGCCUCCAGGUGCACGCGUCCUGGAACGAGUUGUCCCGUCCCGGCUGCCCCUCAGAACCGGCCCGGAGACGCGCUUUUGCGAGGUGGCCGCGCGUGGAGAGAAGGUCGCCGGGGCCGGGGCGGUGGACCGGGUGGCUCGGAGGAGGCGAGACGGGAGGCGCCCAGGGUGAGACCCCGGGAUUCUCCAGCCUCCGAGAAGACUCCGAGGGGCUGCGCGGACCGAGAUGGCGGGGACGGAACACGCUUUCCAGCGAGGCUCCGCCAUCCUGACCUGGACGCCGGCUCUCGCCCCCGACAACCCGCCACACCCGCACUUUUCCCAUCUUAGUUGAUGGAAACUCCAACGCUGGGGUUUCCGCACAUCCAAUGAGUCUAAUUUGCGUGUUCACUCGUCUGUCGGGCGCAGACGGUCAGGUGCAGCCGGAGCAAACGGGAAGAGCCAUCCCUGGGAGGCCGCCGGUAGUUCGGCCUCCCUUGGGCCCCACUCGGCUCAGGCCCUGGGGGUCGAGGCCCGGGGCGUCUCCGGGGCGUCUCUGGGGCGCUGGCAUCCGAGGCGGGAGUGGAGCAAGGCGGGGCGAGGCCGUUCAGCUGCCCCUCUGCCUUCGGAAUCGCCCGACGCACGGGUUUCAAACGCGAGCGACGGGCUGCGUGGACUCCAGGUCUUGGGUGUUCGGAGGCUUUGGAGCCCGCACGGCCGUCGGGCAACCGGCGCGUGGCUCCGCCUAGCGGUGAUCGAUCGCUUGCUCUGUGCUAGCCUGGAGACACUCGACGCACCUUCACCAGCGACGCGACGACUGGGUCAGCGGACGCUGACUUCAUCUUCACGGUGCUUUUCGAUGAGGAAGUCUCAGGAUUUCUUUCCUUUCCCUUUGCUCUAUUUCCAGCGACUAAGGAACACAGACCAAAGAGUUUAACACUUACUUGCAUUUGAUGGUUUACAGUAGCAGCUGGGAGACCAUUUCUCUGUUUGCUGGAGAGACUGGGGAGUUCAAGGAGGUGUGACCAGACUGUGAGAAGCUAUUGGGGGAAGAGAAGUUAAGUUGUGGAAACGAGGAACAAGUUACACUGACAAGAUAUUCAUUCAAAUAACUUUCUCCCAUGACAAAGUAUUGCCGAGUCCAUCAACCCCACCUACCCACCCCUAGUGGUUCUGUGAGUGUUUGAAAGUUCGGAAAAACUGAUCUGACUCCCACAAACCUCCAUCACAGAGCGAAGCUCGGCUCCAGAGUCCUCAGUGGAAACUCACCAUCUUGCAUGUUACAGAUUUCGCUGCUCCCAUCAAUCAGCUUGGAGACAACAUGUGGCUCUUGACAGCUCUGCUCCUUUGGAUUCCUGUUGGUGGGCAAAUGGCAAACCCCUCAAAGGCAGUGAUCACCUUGCAGCCUCCGUGGGUCAACAUAUUCCAAAUGGAAAGUGUAACGUUAUGGUGUGAGGGACCCCGCCUGCGUGAAGAUGACCCUACCCAGUGGUUCCUCAAUGGCACAGCCAUUCAGACCUUGACCCCCAGCUACACCAUCGCUGCUGCCAGUGUCAGUGACGUUGGUGAAUACACGUGCCUGACAGGUCUCUCAGUGCUAAGUGACCCGGUACAGCUGGAAAUCCACGAAAAUUGGCUACUACUCCAGGUCUCUAGCAGAGUCGUCACCGAAGGAAACCCUCUGGCUUUGAGGUGUCACGGAUGGCAGAACAAGCUGCUGUACAAUGUGCUUUUCUAUCAAAAUGGCAAGAUCUUUCACUUUUCUCCUAAGAAUUCCGAAUACACCAUUCUGAAAACCAACCUGAGUCACAACGGCAUCUAUCACUGCUCAGGCACGGGAAAGCAUAAAUUCACGUCGGCGGGAGUGUCUAUCACUGUCAAAGAGCUGUUUCCAGCCCCAGUGCUGAGAGCAUCUUCGUUCUCCAUCCUGGAGGGGAGUCCGGUCAACCUGAGCUGUGAAACAAAGCCGCCCCCGCAACGCCCUGCUGUGCGUCUCUACUUCUCCUUCCACGUGGGCGGCAGGGUCCUGAGGGAUAGAACCUCCUCCUCUGAGUAUCAGAUAGUGACUGCUACAAGAGAAGAUUCUGGGUUCCACUGGUGUGAGGCCUCCACGGAAGAUGGAAAUGUCAUCAAGCGCAGCCCUGAGUUGAAGCUUCAGGUGCUUGGUCUCCAGUCACCAACUCAUCUCUGGUUUCACGUCCUUUUCUAUCUGGUGGUGGUUACCAUGUUUUUGAUGAACACCGUCUUCUAUGUGAUAAUACGUAAGGAGCUUCAAAGAAAGAAAAAGUGGAAUUCAGAAAUCUCUUUGGACUCCGCUCAUACGAGGAAGGUCAGCUCCUACCUUCAAAGAGAUAGACAUUUAGAAGAAGAGCUGAAAUGUCAGGAACAAGAACAGCUGCAAGAAAGGGCACAGCAGAAGGCCCAGGACGGAGAGCAGCAGCAGCGGCAGCUCAGCAGUUGCGUGUAGAUCCAGGCAGUCGCCACCCUUCUCCUCUGUGGACGUGUUGGAGAAACAACAUCCAAGAGCUGAGACAUGCUAGAACUGUGAGUUUCAUGGCAUUUGACUAGCACUUAAAGAAAGUGAAUAAAGGAGUUGACUUCAAUGAAGGUAAACUUGGAAAUUCAGUAAUCGGAUGAGUUGAUGUGAUGCCUACUCUAAAAUAAUCUUUAAAAACUUAGAAGUUGGGUCUAACCUGAUUAUUGUAUUAGGUCGUUUGAGCAAUAAUAUAUUUCUGAGGACAAGGUGAAAAGGUAAGUGCGUGCAUAUGUUCAAGAGCUUAAGACAAAGAAAGACAGACAGACAGGAUGAGAGACAGAGCAGAGAGAGGCUACGAGGGAGACGAGGGAGACGUAACUUACCAAGGACUUCCGAGAAUCCGUGAGGACGGGAGCGCACACCCGUGGGGUUCUCAGGGUGGCCGUGUCCCAGCUCUUCUCCUUUCGCACACUGGCCGACUAACCCCCACCAGGGGACUAACCCUCAAUGAGACGUGGGUGCGUUAUUUUCACCCUUUCAUCUGAGGCGUUCUCACAUCCUCUCUGUGUGCGGAGACACCCAGGGUGCCGUUUGUCUGUCCCAGUCCCCUGCCCUACAGAAAGGCAGAAUGUCACUGCUGCGUUCCUUAAUUGGUUAAACCCGGAUCUCCAAGCCGGGCACUGCAAGGAGAAGCUUCAAGUGGGGAGGGGAGAUGAUGUCAUAAAGCCCAGCUCUUCAUUCCAGAUUUACUUCACCGUCUUGAUUUUCUGGAUGGCUACUAACUAACUUCAAGAUAUGCUACUCUCUCACUUGAGCUCCAGUUUGGGGACAAAAUAUUUCCCCACUACACCCCAAUGCAGUUGAGAUAAAAACCAAAAUGUGUGAAUACGACUUUAUUAGAGCUUAGAAAAAACCAAAAAAGGUGUCAACAAACUUAGCAACCUAAUUCUAGAUUAUUUGAUUUUUAUACAUGUUGCUUAUCUGACAAACGAGGACACAUCCUUGCCUAGCCUGUUCUGGCUUCACACAGUAGGGCUUCGUCUUUAACGUCAUCACCUAGAAGCAUCCUCAAGAACUUGGGACCUGAAGUAGCACCUUGCCCAGUCCUUCCCUCCUCUGUGGGCAAUGAGAAUGCCCUUCUCCCCUCACCUUCAGAAAAAAAGCACAAUGAUGAUCAUUUCAAUAGAAGCACAGCGGCUCUGAUAUUUGUGUUAAAAGAAAUGGUCAUAUAUAACAGCGGGAGUUCCAUCGACUGCACAUGACGCUUGCUGUCUGUGGAAGCAGCGAGAUGAGUCUCGCAGCAGAGUCUGGUGGGAAGGAGGAGGACCAAAGACGCUCUGUGGAGAGACCGUCCAAAGAGGACUCUGGCCUGAGGAAUCGGGACGUGACGCGGGAAGUGACAUUCACACUUGGAGGAGAAUGCUCUGCCCCCCCUGACGGGGGAGAAACUCAGAGAAAGGGCUCCCUAGGGCAGAAGGUCAGGGGUGGACAUGGAGCGAGACAGAGCACUGAUGACUUGGGGCGAAGCCGGAAUGGAGCCAGUCGUUGCUAAAGCAUCACGAAGUGCUUCCUCCUUCCCCACUCUCUUUUUUGUUUCUUUUCCAGAUUUUUCCAUGCUUGUAUCUUAUAUACAACUUAAUGCUUUAAAAAUCGAUUUGAUUAAAUCAAUUUCUUACUUGAA